CCCCGCCCUCUUUCUUCCGCUCUGCCCUCCCUAGGAGCUGAGCCAAUAGGGAAGCGGAAGGCUAUCGCCGGAAGUGGCUCUGUACCGGUAGUUGAAGGAGAGAGAGGGGGAGAAAGGAAGAAACAAACAAACAAACGAACAGAGGAGAGGGUUUGCGAAGCGGCAGUAGGAGCCGGAGCUGCAACGGGGAGCUCAGGUGAGGGUCUGCAUGACUGUGUGGUUGAAACAGUACCUUCAUCAUCCACAAUGGGUGAACCUCAGCAAGUGAGUGCCCUCCCUCCACCUCCAAUGCAGUAUAUUAAAGAAUAUACUGAUGAAAAUAUUCGAAAAGGUGUGGCACCGAAGCCUCCGCCUCCUAUUAAAGAUAGCUAUAUGAUGUUUGGAAACCAGUUUCAGUGUGAUGAUCUCAUUAUUCGACCCUUGGAAAGUCAAGGCAUCGAACGACUGCAUCCCAUGCAGUUUGACCACAAGAAGGAGCUAAGGAAACUCAACAUGUCUAUCCUGAUCAACUUCUUGGAUCUCUUGGAUAUAUUAAUAAGGAGUCCAGGCAGCAUAAAACGGGAAGAGAAGCUGGAAGAUUUAAAACUGCUGUUUGUUCAUGUUCACCACCUUAUAAAUGAAUAUCGCCCCCACCAGGCCAGAGAAACAUUGAGGGUCAUGAUGGAAGUACAGAAACGUCAGCGUCUAGAGACAGCAGAGAGGUUCCAGAAGCAUUUAGAGCGAGUCAUUGAAAUGAUUCAGAACUGCCUGGCCUCUUUGCCUGAUGAUUUGCCUCACUCAGAUGGAGGGAUGAGGAUGAAAACUGAACCUAUGGACACAGAAGAUAGUAGUAGUUGUAUUGGACAGAAUGAGCAGCAGAGAGUGAACUCUAGCAUCAAGAAAGAUCAAGUUCUAGAUAAAGAUGCUGCCAUGUGUAGCAUUAUUGACGAAAUGACAUGAAAGGGACCCUUGUGAGAGUCCCUUUAUGUCACUGUAAUAGUUCUUGAGACCAAGAAUGAAACUGAUGCUAUGGAGUCUGGUAGAGUUUGCAGUUUUUCUUCUGUGCUACCAUUUUAUAGUGAUACAUAAUAAGCAAUCAUGGAACACAACCUGUAAGAUUCAAUAAAACUUAUUUUUGUAGA